AUGACUUCUCCCACCUUUCGCGUCGCCAUCCUUCAAAACUUCAUACUUGAAGAGACCGGCGGUAAGCCCAUGAUUGACAGAAUCACACAUCUCGUUCGCCGAUCUAAACCAGAUGCCGAGAUUAAUGUCUACGCUGCUAUCCAGGGUGAUGCACUCCCCGACCCGGACGAUCAGGACCUUGUCAUUCUGACAGGAGGACCAUUUAACCUUAUGAAAGAUGAGAGACCUAAAUGGGUCACCGACACGCUGGAGUACCUGAGACUAGCCACUAUGAACCCAUCAAAGCCCAAGAUUUUGGGGAUUUGCUGGGGUCAACAGGCGGUUGCUCUAGCGCUAGGAGGUGCCCUGGGCACAUCUGGCAGGGGUCACUGUGUUGGCGUUGAAGAUAUCGCGUUGACGACCGAAGGAGCGCAGAUUUUUAAUGCUACAUCGCUUACCAUACACAAGAACCACGAGAUAGUGGUGACCGACAUUGGACCUCAUCUGCUGCCUUUGGCUCUCAACAAUGAAGUACUCAUGUCGAAAAAUGGCCAGGUUCUUACUUUCCAAGGACACCCAGAGAUGAACUCUUCACUCUCUCGGUUAUUUGUGGCUUCAGACAAUCCAGCGGUAGUGGGCGCAGGACUGGAGAGCAACUUGAGACCCAUUGACUCACCCCACGACGGCGAAACAAUCUUUGAGAGGAUCGUUCAAUGGGUCUCUACUGAGAUCAACUAG